UUAAAAAUCACCAAAUCUGGACGGGGGAUCGAACCCCGCCUCGAGCAAUUUUGAUUUUUUUGUUCAUGUCCAGGAAUUUCAAAAAUUUAUAUUUCCUCAACCUUCUCGUUGGGAGCAGAUGGGAAUCCAACCCAGAUCGUUUAUUAAGCGAACACCGUAACCAGUCAGCCACAGCCGCUCCUGCAACACUUGAAAAUUAAAUAAGGAUGCAAAAAGGAAAUUCCUCACCGGAUUUGAUCAACACGAUCUUGAACAGCCGUUUUAUGCCGCAGUAAGCACAAAUCCAAAUUUUGAUUGGCGAUCCUAACGGUUCCAAAAUUCAGACCCUCAGCUCCACCUAGUUGUGCAUAUUGGCCAACUUCCACUACAUAGAAAAAAUAUGUAAAUUUACACAGCACGUAAUUACUGUUUCUUAUGUAAACUCACUCAUUGUAAUGUUGAAAUAUGAUGUAAAGAGUAAAAAGUCAUGAAAAUUACUCCAAUGUAAAUUUAAAUCUAAUGUAAAUCAUGAAUCUAAUGGAAACGUUGUGCAUGGAAACUCAAAUUUUAUGAAUUUCUACCCGUGUUCGGCUUCCUGUAAAUUCCUAUUUAAUGUAAAUCAUAUAUGGGUCAUUCCACCUGAAGUGUGCAAGAAAAAAUGCAAAUUUGAAAAUUAUCAUCUCGGAUUCUGCUCAAAUUUGGCAGUGCUGUUGAGACUAUCAAAACAUGCAAAAUUCCCAGGGGGUGGCUCAUAAAAGAUGCAUCCGAUGUGUUCGGAUGCAUUAUAAUGCAUUUAAACUUGCCAUUUUAUUGCCUGCCUUUGCUAACCAAACGUCUUUCUCCUUUCCUUGCAGACUAAAAUAGUGCCGUUGUACUGACUAUCACAAUAGCAGCAAGGAUGAAUGCCGAAGAAAGGGGGCAGAUAAAGGAGCGGUUCUGGAAACGUGUCCAGAAGGUGAUCGGUCUCGUGCCGCAUCGAGUCAUGGCCUUGCUGGAUAUGUUCGACCUGUCAGCAUCGCAAGUCAUCGCUGAGGCAAGUGUGGAAUGGCCGAAACUCAUCGAAGAUGAUGUCAGAAAGAGUGGUGUCGAAAUUGUCGAUGAUGCCGUAAGCCGAGGGCUCGCAAGGUCAAAGUACGAUGUGUUUGGCCGGCAACAGAACGACCUGGCAACAUUCAGUUUGCAUGCCGCUGAAGAGGUUUCGAUCAACAAUGUAGGCAAAUUGAUCCAAAAGUACGGGAUACGCCAAUUCAUCGAGGGCUCACCGGUACUAGCGAGACGGUGCCAAGAAAUUGAUACAGACCAAGUAAAUCCUAUUGCUGACGAUUCGAAGAAAAUGCUUCUAGAGAAGUUGGCCAACUACUACCGUCAGCACGAGAAAUGUGGAGUCGACCCCGACUACUUCGUAGACUUGCCAGUGCUUACCAUUUCAAACACCGGGGACCAAGCGACAGUACGUGUUACGUGCGCAGUAUGCAAGAAAACACGUCCCAUGUGCAAGCGUUCUGGUGGCAAUUGGGUUACGAAUAAUCAGGUAAUCCAGCAUGUUCGUACACAUUUACGGGGAGUGGUCCGUAGAAGAGAAGAAGAACUGGCAAGUCUAAGUUCAGAAGAGGACACGGAUAGCGAUGGAGAUGGCGCUCACAGGGAUCGCGCUGUUGGUGGUGGCAGUGGAAGCGUUGAGGAAGCUGAUGUUGGCGGUGGCAGUAGUGUAGCUUCGAUAAACGAUAGCGUUGACGAAGCAGCUGUUGGCGAUGGCAGUGGUGGAGCUUCGAGAAGCGGUAGCAAUGAGGAAGCUGCAAAUGAUGGUGGCAGUAGUGAAGCUGCUGUUGUCGAUGGUGAAACUGUUGUUAGCAGUGGCGAUGGUGGACCUGCGGAAAGCGGUAACGAUGGUACAGCUCCUGUUAGCGCUGGCGGUGAUGGAGCUACUGAUAGCGGUGUAUGUCAACCGAGCAGAAAGUCUGUGGCAGACUUGAUCAAUCAGUAUCAAUACGCCGGCGAAGAACCACAGGACAGUGCAGUCGAAUGUCCUGUGGCAACUUCCAAGGCUUAUAACCUGAUUAAGCUCUAUGAGACCAUCGCAUUUAAGAGUGCAUGCAAGUUACACUACACCGAUGAAGAAAAGGACAUGUCGUUGUAUCGAUACAUAAUGGCUGGGAAGAAGUAUCAUGAGUUCAUGGUUGGGAAUGUUCCCGGCAUAAGCCGAGCUACCCUUCUAAGGCACAUGGACAAACAUACAACGGACAUUAAAGAUGGGGUGAUCGACGCGGCGGGUCUGAAGCGUUACCUGACCGAGAACGGCUAUCCGCUGACGGUGAUGCUUGCGGAGGAUGGGACGAGGGUUGCCCCGCGUGCCCAGUACGACGAGCGAACAAACACUUUGACUGGACUAGUAGCUCCGCUUGACCACACGGGACUUCCCAAACGAAACUACUUUGACGCCAGCAAUGAGCAGGAUAUGGCUGACAAGUUGAAAAAUUGCCGACUGGCAAGCACUGCAUACGUUCAACUAGCAGUACCUCUAGAUCCAAAUGCGGCCCCGUACGUGCUGUUCUACAUGGGUACGGACAACAGCUUUACGUAUGCAGAUGUACUCAAGCGUUGGCUUCACACCAUCGACUUGCUGAAGAAGCAUGGCAUCACCGUUUUUGGUAUAGCUUCAGAUGGGGACCCAACUCUCCUGAAGGCAAUGCUCAGCAUCAUGCAAUUGGCAGAUGUACCGUGUGAUGAGCUAGGUGUUAGAUUUCUUUGGAAACUUGUUCAGCGCACCUUUCUGUACCAAGAUAUAACGCACACAGUGAACAAACUAGCGCGCAAGUUGUUCAAUCGCAAACGAGCGUUAAUGAUUGGUACAUCGGUGGCUAGCGUUACCCACCUCGAUGCCCUGUUGGAAGGUCUCACGUACGGUGAUCUUCACCCGACCGACCUCAUGAGCUUUCGACCUACGGAAAAAGUAAUGGAGGAAGCCGUUAUCAACCUGUUGGAGGAACAUGUGCCUGGUAGCGAGGGCACGGUAGUGCUGCUCCGCUACAUGAGCGCUAUAUACCGAGCAUAUACUGAUGUAUCGUUGGCGCCGAUUGAAGCCAUCUCAAUGCUCUGGUACAGUUAAUCUAUGGCGCAAUUGUUGGGUUUAAAUUAAACACCGUUUAUUUCCACAGGGAGGCGUUGUUUUUCAUGCGGGCGUGGAGGAACUGGACAUUGAAGAAUAGAACAAGCAGCUUCCAAUGUGUGACAGCAAACACGUACGAUUGUCUUGAGAUAAAUGCUCACAGCAUUGUGCUGGCAGCAAGAGACUGCCGCGAUCGUGGCCGACCCGAGGAAUUCUUAGUGAGGUGUUUCGGCAGUCAGGAUGCAUCUA